UUUGUUGUGUGUGUCUAUAUAAUUUCUUGUCUCAUUGUCUAAGUUGCAUCGCAAAGUGAAACAAGAAAGAGUUGGCUUGAACCACACGUCCUUCUUCCCAUAAAGAAACUUAUUUUCUUAAAAAAAAAUGCAAACUGUUUUGGCUAAGAGGAUGGACACAGUGAAGUCGAGAUUCAAGAGGGUUUGUGUGUUCUGUGGAAGCAGUAGCGGAAACAGAGAGUGUUACAGAGCUGCUGCCAUUGAUCUAGCUGAAGAGCUGAUUACGAGAAGAUUGAAUCUUGUGUAUGGAGGAGGAAGCAUUGGUCUCAUGGGUUUGGUCUCACAAGCUGUUCAUGAGGCUGGAGGUCAUGUGCUAGGGAUCAUACCAAGGACUCUGAUGGACAAAGAGAUCACUGGAGUAACAUAUGGUGAGGUAAGAGCUGUGGCUGAUAUGCAUCAAAGGAAAGCCGAAAUGGCGCGCCACUCUGAUUGUUUCAUUGCAUUACCAGGUGGGUAUGGAACACUGGAGGAGUUGUUGGAAGUAAUAACAUGGGCACAACUUGGAAUCCACGACAAGCCUGUGGGUUUGUUAAAUGUGGAUGGUUAUUACGAUUACCUCCUCACUUUCAUUGAUAAAGCCGUUGAUGAUGGUUUUAUCAGGCCAUCUCAGCGCCACAUCUUUGUCUCUGCCCCUGAUGCCAAAGAACUUGUUCAAAAACUUGAGGCAUAUGAGCCUGUGAGUGAUGGAUCCAUAGCAAAAUCAAAGUGGGAAGCUGAGAAGAAAGUGCAACAGCAGCAACAACAACAAGUUGUGUUCUGUUCUAACACAAGCAUGCAGACAGAGAUUUCUCUUUAGACUUUUAGAGGGUCUUUUGUCGAAAGAAUAUUCAAGGUCCAGGGAUAAAAGUCAGUGGGAAUUAUAAGUUUGUUGUACUGCAUAUUAUUUUGCUCCUACCAACUAAAUUUCUAAUUUUAGAUUAAGGAAA